GCAGCUUGAGUUCUUUAUAUUUCUGAGUUGGUGCUGCAGACGUUCCCAGGGAGCUGCUGUUUGUUCUGUGUUUUGUAGAUGUUGGCUAUUAAUUACUUGGCAGCAAGCUGGGACUACUUAAGUAGCCUGAAAAUGGGCUGUGUGCCCCAACGAUUAGAAAAAGCAUGCUAAACAGAGCAGCUGUAAUGCUGCAGAUAGGCAAUGCUGGUAUUACCUAUGUCGGGGGCAGCAAGCACAGGACUCAAAGCCUGCUUCAGUCUGCUCUAACAAACGGGAUGAUUUUCUAAGACAGCAGCACCUGUCCAAAGAGUCUCCUAACUAAGUCUUGCUCAGCAAAUAGCACAACCUGGCUAGUCAAGCAGAACGUAUGCAAUGAAGCGGCUCAGGGAAUAAAUGGAAACGUGCCAGUUAAACAAUCCCCACGUUCAGCUUCAAGUCCAAAGCCACAAGUGCCUCCAAAGCCAGUGCAUCUGCAGAAUUCAUUUUUAUCCAUCACACACCAAACCCCUACACGGAAAGCUUUACCUACUGCACAACCAAGAAUGGAGGAAGUCACACCUACCUCUGCUUCUUGUGUGUCAAAGGAAAAACCCAGCAAGGUGUCAGAUCUCAUCAGUCGUUUUGAAGGAGGCAGUCCCUCGAGUCCUAGUGAUUUGAAGAAAGAAUCCUCUGUUGUAAAGGUUGCUAAAUCUCAAGGAAGAUGUGGGUCAGCAUCACCUCAGCCAAAAGUCCUCUCCCAACACCCACUACAAAAGCAGGGAAAUAAUACAGAUCAAACUCAGGUUGUACAGAAACACACGGCGAAUGGAGUAGUAGCACAAAGCCAGAUGGAAUGCAAUGACAAUAAAUUUCCGGAACAUAGCACCAAUACAUCCACUCCAGCUUCAGAUGUUGCAGUUAACAGUAACUUAGUAAAUGGGGAACAAGAAAGCACUACUACAGACUCACUGCAAGCUACAAUGGUCUGCACAGGACAAACUCUUGACUGCUGCAGGACUCCAAGCAGGGACUCGCUGUUCCCAUCUGAAAAUGAAACUGUAGAAACUAAUACUAAUGUAGAGGAAAAACAGAAUGAGGAACUCAAUAAGGAAGAUGAGCAUGUUGAAGCAAAGGAGACAGAUGAGCAGAAACGUCACAAAAUUGCUGAUGAACUUUUGCAUACAGAAAGAGCCUACGUCAGCCGACUUGACCUCUUAGACAAGGUAUUCUAUGGCAGACUAUUGGAGGAAGCUUACAGGGGUUCAUUUCCAGCUGAGGUGGUCAAUAAAAUAUUUUCUAAUAUUUCAUCAAUCAAUGCCUUCCACAGUAAAUUCUUGCUUCCGGAGCUUGAGAAAAGAAUGCAAGAAUGGGCUGCAACCCCCAGAAUUGGAGAUAUUCUGCAGAAGUUAGCUCCUUUCCUCAAGAUGUAUGGAGAGUAUGUGAAAAACUUUGAUAAUGCAAUGGAACUGGUGAAAAUGUGGACUGAGCGGUCUCCUCUAUUCAAAUCCAUCAUUCAGGACAUUCAGACACAAAAAGUCUGUGGGAGUUUGACAUUGCAACAUCAUAUGCUAGAACCAGUACAACGCAUUCCACGCUAUGAGAUGCUACUAAAGGACUACCUAAGGAAACUGCCUCAAGAUUCCCCAGACUGGAAGGAUGCUGAAAAAUCCCUGGAAAUUAUAUCCACAGCAGCCAGUCACUCCAAUAGUGCUAUACGUAAAAUGGAGAAUCUAAAGAAGUUGCUGGAGGUGUAUGAGAUGUUGGGAGAAGAGGAAGAUAUUGUCAACCCCUCAAAUGAGCUGAUUAAAGAAGGACAGAUCCUUAAACUUGCUGCUCGUAAUACAUCAGCUCAAGAACGAUAUCUUUUCUUAUUCAACAACAUGUUGCUGUAUUGUGUACCCAAAUUCAGUUUGGUGGGAUCAAAGUACUCAGUGCGAACAAGAGUUGGUAUUGAUGGUAUGAAGAUUAUAGAAACACACAAUGAAGAAUAUCCAUGCACCUUCCAGGUGUCUGGAAAAGAGCGAACAUUGGAGUUGCAGGCCAGUUCUGAACAAGAUAAGGAAGAAUGGAUAAAGGCUCUUCAGAAUACCAUAGAAGCUUUUCAGCAGAGGAAUGAAACCUUCAGAAAUGCCAUUGCAAAAGAAUAUGAGGACAUGCCCAUUGAAGUUUCUAAGGCUGAGCUUGGGAAGAGAGCACCAAGAUGGAUCCGAGACAAUGAAGUAACAAUGUGCAUGAAAUGUAAGGAGCCCUUCAAUGCACUGACAAGGAGAAGGCAUCAUUGUCGAGCAUGUGGACAUGUGGUUUGCUGGAAAUGUUCUGAUUAUAAAGCUCAUCUUGAAUAUGAUGGCAAUAAAUUGAACAAAGUUUGUAAGGACUGCUAUCACAUUAUAAUGGGUUGCACAGACAGUGAAGAAAAGAAAAAGAAAGGCAUCUUGGAGAUUGAAUCAGCUGAAGUCUCUGGAAACAGUGUCAUAUGUAGUUUUCUUCAAUAUAUGGAAAAAUCAAAGCCUUGGCAGAAAGCUUGGUGUGUUAUUCCUAAACACGAAGCACUCGUGCUGUACAUGUAUGGUGCUCCACAGGAUGUUAAAGCUUUGGCUACAAUUCCACUACUGGGCUAUGCAGUAGAUGACACUCCAAGAAGUGCUGACCUCCCGCAUAGCUUUAAACUGACCCAGUCCAAAUCUGUACACAGCUUUGCAGCAGACAGUGAGGAACUGAAACAGAAAUGGUUGAAAGUCAUCCAUUUAGCUGUCAAAGGUGAGACACCGGAAUGUCAAAAUGAAUUGCAGAUGAGUUUAGAGGAGCAGCCUGAAUCUUCUAAAAAAUCCGAGUGCUGAAGCUCAAGACCAUGUUCUGUUUUAAAAUAAUCCAGUCAGAUUCUUGGUUGAUUUUUCAUUGUUCAAGCAAAAGAAGCAAAUUCUCCUAACUACUACAUGCAUCUCUUAGCACUUUAUGUUGAAAAGAUACUGAUCUAUUUAAAGAUCAUUUUCUUAUAUUUAUGUUCUGUCAAUAAAGUUAAUGUACAGACCCAUUCCACAGAAUUUUUUUUUAAAAAAAAAUCAUAAAUGCCAUUAAAAGCACAAAAUCUAUUAACUUUAGUGUACUUCUUGUUUGUCUCAAAGUAAAUUGCAUUGUAUGAUUCACUUGCUAUUGGGUUAAAGUUUGCUACUUUAAUAAAGAAUGUGGAUAUUUGAUGCAUCCUUUACAUGUUAGGACUUUAUCAGUAUAAAAGAUAUACCUCCACGUUGCCAAAAUAGAUCUGUAGUGAAAUAUACAGGGACAGUUUGGUUUAUUGUAUCUAGUUUAUAGAAUUACUUACACAAUGCUGUACAUAUGUUAUAUUCACUUUUUUAAUGCAAAUUGCUUUUAUAAUAUUGGCUUUUGUCAGUUUAUCAGGAAAAGAAUCUAAUUGUUUCAGUUUAGAAAUUCAUUGCUAAAAUACAAAAAAAAGUACAAUAUAUGUACAGUGUUAAAAAAAAUUGUACUUGAUUUUGCUUCAUGACAAUACGUAGGUUCUUAUUAGUCUAUAAUUUAUUUAAAAUAAAGCAUGUUUUCUCUUGCAAAUUAAGAAGAGGGUUCUAAAUUGAAAAAAAUCACUCUUUAGUGAUUUGUUUAACUAGCUUACACCUACUGAUCUUGAUAUUUUUAUACAUUAAGAAUUUUUUUUAAAUAGCACUAAUUUAAGUGGCAUGUAAUGGAUUUGUGAGUUCCAGCUGUGUUUUUAAAAAAGAGUAGUCUUUUUUUGGUUUGGUUUGGUUCUGUGCCUGUUAUCUCUUCAAGGUGCCGGUGCUACCUUUCUAAAAUACAGUAUGUGCUUUAGCAAUUAACAUCCUGAUCUUAAAUGAUCUUCUGGGAUCAUAUAUUUUUUGCCUUUAUGGUCAUUGGAACACUUGGACGUGUUUAAAGUGUUUUAACUUUCACAAAUACACAUAUUGCAUCAGCUAGUGAUAACUAAAAACUAUCUGCAAGGAUUAUACAUCAUACUGUAUGUUAGAGCCUUCUUGUAUGAACUCGGAUAUAAAGUCUGAUCCUGCAAUUCUUGACUUGCAUGAGUAGUCCUUACUCCUAUUCAGUUCAGUAGGACUGCUCUUGGGAGUAAAGACUUAUGUGUGUGAGUCAGGCUUUGAGUAUUGGGUCCAUGAUGAAUCUUCAUUUCUAGUAGUCUUUUAUGUAGGGGCAAAUGACUCUGCUAUAAGAGGAUUCCACUGUAACAUUUUAGAUGGACUAUAGGUCUUUAUAGUGCAUAUGCAAUGACUGUCUCUCUAAUAGAGCAAAUUAAUCAACUUCUGACUUAAAAAACCUAAAUGAAGUCUUUUUAUUUUCUAAAAUACAGCAAUUAGUUAAGAUGGUCCCAAGUCACAAAGUUCAGAUUUAGAUACAGUCUUCUCAAAAACUCAGGGGGAUGGAUCCAGAGUUUUGAUUGGACCUAUCUUUACAAUUAGAUAAAAAUUAGUAACUUGAGUCAAUAUUUACUUUACCCCAAAAUUUCUUUUUGUCACUCUAAGACAGACCUUACCCUUUUUUUUUAUCAUUAUUGAGGGUGAAAGAUUACCCUUCAGUCAACUGUUGUACUUAGGUAUAGUCAUUCACCUAAUAUCAUUUACUUCUGAGCAUCCCAAAUCUUUCUGUAUUGCCCAAUACUUAGGGAGACCAGGGUGAGUAAAAGGUAGUCACAGCAAAUUCUGUGCUAACUCUUUUAUGCAACCUCACUGAAGUCAGUGGGCCAGAUUCUCAUCUCGGUUGUACUAGUGCAAAUCUGGUGUAACCCUCUGACUUCAGUUUUUUACCCAUGCGAGAUCAGAAUCUGGCUUCAUAAAGUUGCCCAGGAUGUAUGUCAUUGCACAGUUUGUCCCUUGGUCUUCACUUGAUUUAGGCUGCUCUGCAUGUAAUCCUGUUCAUUACUUUAUUUUAAUACAGUAUAUAAUGUACAACUUAGUUUAUUUAAAAAAAAAAAUCCUUUGGAAGUGUAAAGAAAUUCAAACCACUUCUACAAUUCAUACUAUUUCCCUUAAAGUUGGGCCCACUCAUACCCUUAGAUUCAUGCUGGUGCACAGGGGCAAACUAAUGCAUGGAUCUGCUCAUCUUGCACAGAAAGUGCGGGGUGACUUGGCCUCCUCCAUGGUAGCAUUGCCUUCUUUCCCCAAAUGGUACGGUGUCCUGGGAACAUCCAGGCUUAGGGCAUGGAAACACAUAGGCUGAGCUCUGGCCAGAAAGAACUACUUGGGGGUCAGUAUUAUAUCUUUCCAUGGCCAUUCUCCUCAGUGGAUAUCUGCCUUCAAAAGGAGUUCCCAAGGCAACUGCUGGUUCUGGGAGCCUUGUCAGUGCAUCUUGAGUGCACCCUGGAAAUCAUGUAGUCCUGGUCUACACUGGGGGGGGAAUCGAUCUAAGUUAAGCAACUUCAGCUACGUGAAUAACAUAAGUGAAGUUGACUUACUUAGAUCGACUUACCGUGGUGUCUUCACUGCAGUGAGUCGACUGCUGCCGCUCCCCCAUCGACUCUGCUUGCACUUCUCGCAACGCUGGAGUACAAGAGUUGAUGGGAGAGAGUUCAGGGUCGAUUUAUCGAAUCUAGACUAGAUGUGAUAAAUCGAUUCCCACUGGAUCGAUUGUUGCCCGCCGAUCCAGCAGGUAGUGUAGACAUAUCCGGAGAUUCCACCUGAUCUAUGAGGUUUCAGGGCCUAUUCCAUGAAUGGACAACUCCCUCACCCACCCAAUAAAAAGGAAUCAUGUAAGGAAAACCUCAGAUUUAUUUUCCUUUGCCACCUCCCACAGGAAGGGAUGAUCUGGAUCGAAAGUAAUAAUAUAUAGCACUAAUAAAGUGCUUCAUAUUUUCAAACCACUUCCCAAACAUUAACUCGGUCUUCUUUGUGAGGCAUAUAAGUAGGCAGUAUUUUCCCCAUUUUCCUAGAUAGGGAAAACUGAGAAGCAAAGAGAUUAGGGUCUGACUCUUUUGAGAGAUGCUAAGAACCUGCAACCUCUUCAGUUGGAGUUGUGGACAGUAGUCAGCACCUCUGAAAGACUAAGCCCUAAAUGACUUCUUCCAAAAUCAGACUAUGAAUUAGGGAUUAAACCAGAAUCAGAAUAUAGGUGUUCCAGUACCUGGUCCCUUUCUCAUUCCUGGUCUAUAUUAUCUCAUUUUGAGCCAUUAAAGUUCGUGUAAAUCUGUAAUUAGGUUUUGACCCAAUAUUUAUUUCACUUUAUUAUACAGUAAUAAAACAGUCUGCUUAAAGCCUAUUCCCUUCUCAGUCAGCACGUAAUGGGAGACAAGAAUGAUUUGAUUACGUGUGCAUUCUACAAGUAUAAACACGUGCCAACCAUUCUGGAAAAAAAGAAUACAGACAGUGAUGGAGAGAGGUUGCUUUCCUGGACCCAGUGACAACUCCUCCAAAUAUUUUACCCAGUACCUCACAGGCUAAUCCACAUAACCGCAUGCGAAAGCUUCUGUUUAAUUUUAAGGUUUAUGUUCUGACUGCAAAGACACAAACUGAAAGUGGUAACUGCUAUGCUUUAAUUCCCAUAACAUUAGAACAUCUGAAUUAUGGAGAAAAAAAUUCUUUCCAACCCAACAGUUUAGAUUGUGUCCAAAUUUCAGCCCUGAGUGAGUUUUUUUUAAACCAAGUUUCCUAAAGAAAACACUGACAAAUGUUAAUUUUAGUAGCAUGAAGAGAUGCUACAUAUGUGUAAGUGACAAAUGGGCAUUCAUUUAUAAUGUAUGUGAAUGCCUUAGCUACAGUAUUUAAGCUCUGUGACCCCUAUAUUCGAGAAGUGCUCAUUUUAAAAUGUUUUAUGUGAUGAAGGAUAUUUUUGUGCAAUUUAGAGCUUAUCAAAUAUUUGACUACUUACUGAUUUUGUCAGAUUUAAUUUUUUUUCUGUAUUCUACCAGAACUAUGGCUAAUCAAAAAGCGUUAGUCACAUUUAUUUGACAAAUAAUGGUAAGAUUUACAACAUUAUUUUUUCAAUGUAUUUUUCCUGAUGUCUACAAGCACAGAAUCUCGAUUGGUAACCCUUUGCGUUAUUUUUAAUAUGUCUUGAACAUUUCUGCACUCCUGUUCCUAUCUAUUUUAUUAUGGCUUCAUGUAAUUACACUUGAAUGAUUAAAAGCUGUUAAAGCCUGGAGCAUCUUGCAGCUUCAACUCUAUUGACUUUGACAGGCGUAUUUUUUGUAUUUAAAUACCCUAGUUCAACAGGAAAAUGUUUUUUUGCAAAAAGCAAGCACUGAAAAAGGAAAACGUUCUCUUCCCAUUGGAGUGGAAUUUUUAAAAAUAUUUAAAGUAUGUGUGCGCAUCAUAUAAUUGCAGCCUUUUACAAAGAGGAUCUCAAAACUCUUUACUAACCUUUAAUAAGUCUCAUAAUACCCUUGUGCGGUUAGAGGUGUAUUAUUCCUUCCAUUUUAAUAUAUGGGGUAAAUUGAGGCAGGGAGACUAAAUACAAAACACAUAUCCCAAGCCUGUAUAGGUUUUGGAAGAGGUUACAGACAAGGAUUCAAAUUGGUUCUAAGUAGAGUGGUCAAAACUUUAAAACUUGAAAAGAUGGGGAAAACUUCAAAUACUUUUAAUAAAUCUUUUCCCCGUUUUUACUAUAUCUGUAGUUGGUCAAACUUUUAAUUUCAAAAGGAAAACAUGGAAUUUCAAAAAAAGAAGUUGCCAUUUUUUCCCAUUUUUUUAACAAGUUCUCAUUCUAAGAACACCUGUUUUCUUACAGGAAGUUUUAAAAAACAUUAACUAUGGAAAUAAUUCUAAAUAAUAAAUUGAGACCCAUCCAUGAAAGUAUAUAGGGACAGAUCCUGAGCUCGUGUAAAUUGGCAUAGCUCCAAUGGAGCCUAAACAGCUAUGAUGUUUUACACUAGCUCUACAUCUGGCCUAUAUUCUCUGAAGGCAUGCUCAUGAAAACCAGGAUCACUCCAUCUUUAGGCCUGCUGCGGUUACUGCCAUUCACCUGGACUCAUAGGACCAGAUCCAACUCAAAAUUAAGUUGGAUCAAGUUCAUAAUCCUCUAUCACACUGUUGCAAUUUCCAAAACAUCUUAACAAUGGCGUAGGUGAGAAUAAGCAGGUGGAAGUACUUGAGAACAAAUAAUUUGCUUUCAGGCAGAUAAUUCAAAUAAUAAGGAAUGGGGUGGGCAAUACCAACAAUUGUAUGAGCAGAAUCUUACAAUAUAAUUAAUGGAGAUAUCCCAUCUCCUAGAAUGGGACGGGACCUUGAAAGGUCAUCGAGUCCAGCCCCCUGCCUUCACUAGCAGGACCAAGUACUGAUUUUGCCCCAGAUCCCCAAGUGGCCCCCUCAAGGAUUGAACUCAUAACCCUGGGUUUAGCAGGCCAAUGCUCAAACCACUGAGCUAUCCCUCCCUCCAUGCUUUUUAAAAAAAAAAAAAAAUUGGAGAGGUCUGUAUUGGUUUUACUCUGUAGUGUACUGUUUGUGAUGAGCUUAAAAUGAACUAUAAAAAGAAGAACUUGUUUUAUCCCAGCUGUUAUCUACUUCAUGGCCAUAUUGGUAAGAGGUCGUUAACUUACCAAUAUGGUUCUGACCCAUUGGACUGUACUGAAAUAUAUUCUUUGGAUGAAAAUUUACAUAUGCCAAUCAGAUUGCUUCUUUAGUCCUCUCUCCUUUUUAUAAAACAAUAGGGAGGCUUAUUUAACAUAUAUUUUUAAGACAAUUAUAAUAGACUGAUCUGAUUCAGACAGCAUUUUACAAUCAAAAGUACACUGUGAAUUAAAAAUAUAAGUAGUCUUUUGACAAAAUUGUAUAUACCUUAAGGGGAUAAAAAUCAAUACAUAAGUGGAUCUACUUUACUUGCCUGUUUACUGGUUCCAACUGAUUUAUAAGCUGAAAUUCAGCCUAAAUAUUCAGCUAAAUAUUCAAUGUGCUUUUUGUACUGCCUCUUCAUUAAAUUAUUCUCACAUUUAUUCAUGGCUUUGUCAUCCCCAUCCCUCCAAAUAAAUGUAGAUUUUAUUUCUCGACUGAAUGUUAAAGCAGAUAAUUUUCAUGAAUAAAACAUGUUGUUUCUGUCAAUGUGUGAUACUAACCUACUUCAAUUUAUAGUUUAUCCUUGUGGAUUCAUAAACUAUUUAUGGUGGCAAUGUUCAAGAAAGGGGAGGGAACUGUGUCAAAGCCUCUUUUACACAGAGAUGCCAUAAUGUUUAGAGGAAGGAGGGCAAGUUUGUUAUAUAUGGGGAACCAUUUGCAAUAGAAGUAAGGUAUCUCCUGCUACCACUUAAGCUAAUGGGAGUUUGACUGUUUACUUCAGUGGGAGUUAGAUCAGCCCUACAGUGUAAUGUCAGAUAUACAUGCAGUGCAUUAGAAUCUCUCUUCAUUAUGAAAACACUGUUGCAGUUUAAUUUGGAAUAAACUGAUUUUUUUGUUUGUUUGUUUAACAAACAAAAAAACCCUAACGUUUCGAAGAGGUGUAAAUUUUGCUCUGAUUUUACACUGAAUUGCAAAAUAUCAAAAAAGAGGCAAAAUUUAAGUUGUGCAAAUAUAAGUGGUAAUUUUUCUGGUCAAGAAAUAUAUGAAUGUAAAAUAUUUGCAGAUAUUGUGUAUAUAUUUUGUGUAACAUAUGUAUAUUUGGUCAUAAAGAUGGGAGCUGGCGUAUUGUAAAAUUAAGCACUUUAAUUCCUGUUGAAUACUUAGUUUGUAUGCCGUAAAAUAAAAGCAUCAUUAAGUACUGUUGACUAUCUGUC